AUGCUCAUCAAGGAAUCUUACGUCGAUGUGGCGACCUCCGCCGACGGCAAGGAUGGUUCCAUGCGAAUCUACGUCUUCCACCCCAGCAUCCCUGGAUAUCCCAACGCCAAAUUUCCCGGCGUCUGCCUCUUCUCCGAGAUCUACCAAGUGACCGGCCCCGUCGCGCGCUUCGCCCGCCAAAUCGCCGGCCAGGGCUACAUCGUCGCCGCGCCGUCCUCCUACCACGACUUCACCGGCCCCGAGGCCCUGGCCUACGACGUCCCCGGCACCGACAAGGGCAACGCCUGGAAGGUUGAAAAGACCCUCGAGUCUUAUGACGAGGACUCCCGCCGCACCGUCGACCACCUCCUCACCCUGCCGACGUGCACCGGCCUCAUCGGCAGCACAGGCAUGUGUCUCGGCGGCCACCUCGCCGUGCGCGCCGCCCUCGACCCCCGCAUAACGGCCUGCACGUCCUACUUUGCAACCGACAUCCACACGCGCACCCUGGGCCCGCACACGGCCGCCAACGCCGCGGCCGACGGCCCCGACGGCAGCGCCCACACGCUCGACCGCCUGCCGCGCCUCGCCCACGCCGAGGUGGCCAUGAUCUUCGGCGUCAAGGACACGCACGUCCCCGCCGCGGGCCGCGACCUCAUCCGCGCCAAGCUCCGCGACGCCGGCGUCACGACGUCGUUUUACGAGUUCGCCUGGGCCCAGCACGCCUUUAUCCGCGACGAGCUCAGCAAGGGCCGCUACGACCCGGCCAUCACAAAGGUGUGCUUUGAGGUCUUGCUCGAACUAUUCGGACGCGUGCUCAAGACGGAUCUUGGGCCGAAGGAGAACAUUGGCGAGGUGGAGCAUGUCUGCUAA